UAAUUGUUGUUAUAAUUUCAGGAAGGAAUGGGUCAACUAAAAAUAAUAACCGGAGGUUUAAAGUUGGAAGGGAAGGCCUACAUUUUAGAUUCGUUAAUCGCUAGCAAUAUCAGAUCCAGAGCGGGUCAACCGAUAAUUAUCGAGUCCAGUAGGAACCUAACACUAACCACGAGGGGAGAGAAUGGUUUCCUGGAAAACUUGAUAUAUUUAGGAAACGAUAAGUUCGAGUGCCUGGCGAACAACUUCAGGAUAAUGGACGAUCAAGGGGCAGUCUUGUUUUCGGCCAACGCGGAAGAGGUCGUAGUUGGGGCAAGAGUCCUUCGGGUUUUGGGUAAAGGGGGAACCACCUUCACGGGAUCCGUUCAAACCCCCAUCCUUCGAGCUGCUUCAGGCCACAAUCUCCG